AUAAACAGAUGAGCAGAGCAAGAGGGAGCAGACUGGUGCUGUAGUAUCUCUUGGCUCACACACAUACAAGUGCACACAUUCAUUUCAACUUGUGUUCACGCAUCCUUUAAAUAGAAGAAAGGAACAGAGAGAGAGAGGAGGGUACUGGCUCCUACUGCAGUUGCCGUAGUCUCGCUCAUGAUUUAACCCAAAUGGAGGGACAGAGAGAAGGGGAGCACGUGCUCACGGGUCUAGACGAGGAGGCUAUCGUGGACCUUGGGAAGACCAGCUCCACCACCAACACCAACUAUGAGACUGAAGAGCUGGAAAGUCACAGGGCGGUGUACGUCGGCGUCCACGUCCCCCUGGGUCGAGAGAGGAGAGGCAGGCACCGCCACCGCGGACAUCGACACCACCGCAAGAAACGGGACAGGGAUGCAGAGGAGGGGAAAGAGGACGGCAGGGAGUCGCCGUCUUACGACACCCCGUCCCAGCGGGUGCAGUUCAUCCUGGGCACGGAGGACGACGACGCAGAACACGUGCCCCACGACCUUUUCACUGAGCUGGACGAGCUGUCCUUCAGGCAAGGCAGCCACACGGAGUGGAAGGAGACGGCCAGGUGGCUGAAGUUUGAGGAGGACGUGGAGGACGGUGGGGAGAGGUGGAGCAAGCCCUACGUGGCCACGCUGUCCCUCCACAGUCUGUUCGAGCUGCGGAGCUGCAUCCUCAACGGCACCGUCAUGCUGGACAUGAGGGCCAACACCAUAGAGGACAUCGCAGACAUGCUGAUCGACAGCAUGGUGGCAUCGGGCCAGCUGAAGGAGGAGCUGCGCUUCAAGGUGCGGGAGGCCAUGCUCAAGAGGCACCACCACCAGAACGAACGCAAGCUCAGCAACCGCAUCCCGCUGGUGCGCUCCAUCGCCGACAUCGGCAAGAAGCACUCCGACCCGCAUUUGCUCGACCGAAACGGAGAGGGCCUGUCCUCCUCUCACCUCUCCCUCCAGAAGCCCGGCCCGUGCGCCGCCAUCGGCAGCCUGUCCCAGAGGCGCGAGUCGCGGGUGGCCAUUCUCCUCAACCACCUGCUGCCCUCCUCCCUGUCCUCGACCGCAGCAGCCGCCACAGGCGCCUCUCCUAUGACCACGCCCCAUAACACGCCCCCUCCCGACCGAUGCGUCUCCCAGUCCCAGCAGCACCAGGGCCACGGCGGCCGGGGCAUCCCCGAGGUGGUGGUGUCCCCCCCUGAGGACGAGCCGCCGCAGACCCCCACGGACGGGGGGAGACCACUGCCCUUAGAAGGACAUCUUGUGUCGCCCAGCUCCUGCCCCAACCUGGACACCAAAGCAGCAGAGAGGAGGUCGUCCAAAGCAGGGGUCAGUAGAGAAAGCAGCGGUUUCGACUUUAGCAAGGUGGACAUGAACUUCAUGAAGAAGAUCCCUCCCGGCGCGGAGGCCUCCAACGUGCUGGUGGGCGAGGUGGACUUCCUGGAGAAGCCCAUCAUCGCCUUUGUGCGCCUCUCACCCGCCGUCCUCAUCACGGGCCUCACCGAGGUGCCGGUGCCCACCAGGUUUCUGUUCUUGCUUCUGGGACCUCAUGGAAAAGGCCCCCAGUACCAUGAGAUUGGCAGGUCUAUGGCCACUCUCAUGACGGAUGAGAUUUUCCAUGACGUAGCCUAUAAGGCCAAGGACCGAACAGAUCUCCUCUCUGGUAUCGAUGAGUUCCUGGACCAGGUCACAGUCCUGCCUCCUGGGGAGUGGGACCCCACUAUACGCAUCGAGCCCCCCAAGAACGUCCCCUCUCAGAUGAAGAGGAAGCAGCCGUCCCAGCCCAACGGACUGGCGUCCCCGUCCCCGGGGGACAUGGAGAAGGAGGAGGAAGAGCACUCGGGACCAGAACUGCAGAGGACCGGCAGGAUAUUCGGGGGCCUUGUAUGGGACAUCAAGAGGAAACUGCCGUUCUACUGGAGUGACCUGCGGGACGCCCUGAGCCUGCAGUGCCUGGCCUCCGUCCUCUUCCUCUACUGCGCCUGCAUGUCUCCUGUCAUCACCUUCGGGGGUCUACUAGGGGAGGCCACCAAAGGCAACAUCAGUGCUAUAGAGUCUCUGUUCGGGGCCUCCCUGACCGGGGUGGCCUACUCUCUGUUUGCCGGCCAGCCACUCACCAUCCUGGGCAGCACAGGUCCCGUGUUGGUCUUUGAGAAGAUCCUCUUCAAGUUCUGCACGGACUACGGCCUGUCCUACCUCUCGCUGCGGACCAGCAUCGGGCUGUGGACGGCCUUCCUCUGCCUGGUGCUGGUGGCCACGGACGCCAGCUCGCUGGUGUGCUACAUCACCCGCUUCACGGAGGAGGCCUUUGCGGCGCUCAUCUGCAUCAUCUUCAUCUACGAGGCCCUGGAGAAGCUCUUCCACCUGGGGGAGCACUUCCCGGUCAACACGCACAACACCCUGGACAACCUCACCCUGUACUCGUGUCAGUGCAGCCAACCAGUCAACGCUUCGGCCAGCACGGUGGAGAUAUGGAACCAGACGGGCUACACCCCAGACAAUGUCCCCUGGGACAAGCUCAACGUCUCGAUGUGUAACCUGCUCCAUGGGGAGUUCACGGGCGAGGCCUGUGGUCACCACGGACCCUUCAUCCCCGACGUGCUCUUCUGGUCCAUCAUCCUCUUCUUCACCACCUUCUUCCUCUCCUCCUUCCUCAAGCAGUUCAAGACGGAGAGAUAUUUCCCCACCAUGGUGCGCUCCACCAUUAGUGACUUUGCUGUGUUCAUCACCAUCAUGGUCAUGGUGUUGGUGGACUAUCUGAUGGGCAUCCCCUCUCCUAAACUCAACGUUCCUGACCGCUUUGAGCCCACCUCCAAGAACCGCGGCUGGCUGAUGGACCCGCUGGGCGACAACCCGUGGUGGACGCUGCUGGUGGCCGUGCUGCCCGCCCUGCUCUGCACCAUCCUCAUCUUCAUGGACCAGCAGAUCACCGCCGUCAUCAUCAACCGCAAGGAGCACAAGCUCAAGAAGGGCUGCGGCUACCACCUGGACCUGACGAUCGUGGCCAUCAUGCUGGGCGUGUGCUCCAUCAUGGGCCUGCCGUGGUUCGUGGCGGCCACCGUGCUCUCCAUCUCCCACGUCAACAGCCUCAAGGUGGAGUCGGGCUGCUCGGCGCCCGGCGAGCAGCCCAAGUUCCUGGGCAUCCGGGAGCAGCGCGUCACCGGCUUCAUGAUCUUCAUGCUCAUGGGCUGCUCGGUCUUCAUGACCUCGGUGCUCAAGUUCAUUCCCAUGCCCGUGCUGUAUGGAGUGUUCCUCUACAUGGGCGUCUCUUCGCUGAAGGGCAUCCAAUUCUUCGACCGCAUCAAGCUGUUCGGCAUGCCCGCCAAGCACCAGCCCGACCUGAUCUACCUACGCUACGUGCCCCUCUGGAAGGUGCACGUGUUCACCCUGGUGCAGCUCACCUGCCUGGUGCUGCUGUGGGUCAUCAAGGCCUCGUCCGCCGCCGUGGUCUUCCCCAUGAUGGUGUUGGCGCUGGUCUUCAUCCGGAAGCUUCUGGACUUCUUCUUCACCAAGAGAGAGUUGAGCUGGCUGGAUGACCUGAUACCCGAGAGCAAGAAGAAGAAGGAGGACGACAAGAAGAAGCGAGAGCGGCAGAAACAGGAGGCUGAGGCCAGGCUGCAGGAAGAUGUGGACGCGGGGUUGAAGAUAUGUUACGAAGACGCUAAUCACCUCAGUGUUCCUGUGAAGACACUGUCGGGAAGCUCUGAUUGCGACCCCUCGGUUGUUAAUAUCUCUGAUGAAAUGGACAAAAGCGGUGCGUGGAAAGCGGUGAACGUGGGCGCAUACUCAAGUACCCAACAUGUGCAUCGUAGCGACAGCCAGGAGAAGGUGGCGUGCGUUAGAGUGGAAGUCAACCCAGACGAACCUCGCUCGCCCGGGGAAACCUCGUCAUCCGAGACCUUCUUGUGACGAAGGGGAGCAUGACACUCUCCCUCCCCCCCCUCCACCCCCUCACCCCAAUACUGCCACUCCUCAAACCUCUUCCCCCACCUCACCCCAAUACUGCCACUCCUCAAACCUCUUCCCCCACCUCACCCCAAUACUGCCACUCCUCAAACUUCUCUCCCUCCCCCCCCCUCCACCCCCCUCACCCCAAUACUGCCACUCCUCAAACCUCUUCCCCCACCUCACCCCAAUACUGCCACUCCUCAAACUUCUCUCCCUCCUCCCGCUUCACCCCAAUACUGGCACUUCUCAAACCUCUCUUCCCCCCCCCCCCCCCCCUUCCUAGCCAUGUGAGACCCUCCUCUCCACACACACAUGCGCCCAGGUCAGGGCUUAUCUUGUCAGGUGAGGGAAGAGUGGGGUGCUCUAACGUGCACGCCUGGUUGACUGUGUAUGAAGGAAAGAGUGCACAUUGACCGGGGAACACAAAUGUACCUCUGCGGCUACUGCCUAUGAAUUUGCCCAAAGAUUUGGAGUGUUUUAAAUGCAAAGUAAUACAAAAAAAACGGAGACAUACAGAUUGAUAUACAUUGUAACACACACACACACGCACACGCACACGCACACGCACACACACACCCCAAAGGACGGUGGCCAUUUUAAGUUCUUAAUAGAUGUUUAUUAUUUGAAUUUCAAUUUUUAUUCUCCGUUAGUAUAUAGCCGUCUCAUUUAAACUGCACUGGUUUCGCUUCUGAUCUAAAAAUUUUCCCAACUGUCAUGAUGGUAAUGAUGUUGUUUUCAUUUGUUUUCUUUGUUGAGUUGUAUAUUGCAUGUUCACACCAAUAAGUCAAUCGAUAAACCAGCUUCAAAACGUAUUUUGAGUCAAAAGCAUUUCAGGGUUCCGGCAGUGCCAACACUCUCCCGCAGCCUCUCUCUGUGUCGUUAGUAAGCCCUGUCCGGUGUCUGAUGAGUCAGAAGAACAAGGUCCAUUGAUACCAGGACUCUUACCCUAGAUAUUUCCAGAGUAUUCAAACUACUCCUUUAUGUUGAAGGUCUUUUCUGACCUCAGUGUUGGUAUUGCUGCUCGCUAGUUGGUCCAACGAUGCAUAACUUGUAACAUAUGAAAAACAUUUCAGAGGCCAUAUCUCUUAAUUGUACUGUACAGCAAGCACUUUAGAUGCAUAUGCCAGUAGGUUUUAGUUUUGUCAACCGAUAGUUUGUUAUGUACAAGUGUAUCUGUCGAAAAUGUACGCUGAGCUGUUGCUCCAAUGUCUCUUAUUUUGUCAGUAUACUUUUUGCAGGACUGGAAACGCAAUCAUUUUCAUGAAUAUAGUUUCUACAAUGUUGAGGCGCAGGAGAGUAUAUUGAGAAGUAGGUCACCUGAACUGUGUUUUCCAUGUCGAUACUCUUUGUGUAAUACAUGUUGUAAAGAUACCUUGGUAAAACCAGUAUUACAACUGUAAUUGAAUGCACAAAAAAGACUUUCCACAGUAAUCUUGAAAGAUAAAACCUUUGCUGUAUGAGAGAAAGUAGUUCUCGUUUGGCUCAGCGCAGUCCUGUUUUAGCAAUAAGUUUUCAAUCCCAUAAAAUGUAUGGAUCAUUAUCCAACAGCCAGCAGUGGGUAUUGAUCUUGUGUCUAUUUGUGUCUGUACUCUUCUUACCUGUAUGGGCAAAACGCUUAUGUGCCUUUUGUGAAAGCUUUUCAUGUGCAAGUCUCGACAUUUCAAGUGUUAAAAAAACUCAUUGGUACACGGUGGCCCACAUACUGCCAAAGAACAGCCAGGGCCAUUUUCCUUCAUUGAACUGUACUGUGGCUUAUAUGUCAACGCUCACGCCAGGUGUUUGAUGUAAACUAAGUCUGAGCCGGGGGCACACAGCGGCCCUGAUUUGCUGCUGGUCUCGUCUCCUGUUUUAAUAAUAUAUCUGAAAAAAGAGAAUACAGUGUACUAUUGUGUCAUAGCCGUUGUGGUUUUGUUCACAAACUAAAUGCUUUCGAAAUCAAUUGUAGAGGUACUGGUGUUUGAACUUUUGUGAAUGUCAAAAAAACAAUUGUACCCUUUUCUAAAAUUAAUAAUGAUCUUGCUGAAACAGAAAGCCGUCGCUGACGGCGUUCGCUAGAAUUUAAGUGUUUCCAUGUGAACGAUAUUCAACACCUACCCGACACACAAACACAGUUGGUAGAUUCAACCAUUGUUAAACAAUCACCUGGCAGUGAUUACCUUGAUGGAAAAAGACUACAGAUAUAUACAGAAAUAUAUUUUCUCUCUCUAAUGUUGGUUAUUACAAUUGACUGACACACACAAGGUCUCUACAGAAUCUACAUUUCAACCAACUUUCAAAACCUACUCCUCAAAUGAACAAGUGGCUUAGAAUCUCUUAGGCACUUGACAUUCAACACAUUCUGGUUAAAACAAUUACUGUAUGGAAAUACCAUUGGCACACCAGAUUAACGUGUACUUCUACUGUAAUGACUAUAAAAACAUUAUUUUUUUGUAAUAGAAGGCAAUAAAAAAAAAAAACUUAAA